UUUUGCCUUGAAUUGGGGGAUCAUGUGCUGUUAUUGUGGGCGAGAGAUUUAUACUUACCCAAGGGCUUGCGUGACUCUUGUGAUCACGGAUGAGACUGGAUCUUUGAAUGCAGUAGCCAUGGGGGAUGAGGCUGAAAAGUUGAUUGGUAUUAGUGUUCACCGCUUAUUCCAAGCGGAGCAAGAGAAUGUGCACCUCACUGAUCGUGUUGCAAGUGAACUCGAGGGAAAAGUCUUGUUGUGCUAUGUUAAGCAUUCCAACGAUGUAAUCAGGGCUGUUAAGGGUGCUCCGUAUACAAUUGUCGCUGUCUAUGGCGCAGAUGAAAUUGGAAGCAAUAUUUGCUGAUGUCUUUUAGAU